AUGCCCCCUCGACUCUUUGUGAUCCUCGCCUUCGUCUCCUGCUCCGCACGCAGAGACCCGGACUGUGCGAGAGACGCUGUGAGUUCUGUGCACCCUGCUCUGCAAGUUGCUGCCAUGGAGUUCCGGCAUGAGCACCUCCGCUAUCGCUAUGAGGUGCUGAAGAAGAUUGGAGAAGGAGGUCAAGGCCAGGUGAUCCAGUGCCUUGAUCACAAAAGAAACAUCCUGGUGGCCAUCAAGAUCCUGGUGUCACCAUCGAGCUCCAAGCAAGAAACAUACCAGAAGAUGGAGCUCCAGAUAGCUCUGGAACUUCAGGACGAGGGCAGUGAUGAAGAUUUCAACGUCAUCAAAGUCCUGAACAUAUUUCAUUUCCGAGGACACUACUGUAUCGUCAUGGAGCUGUUGAAGGAGAGCCUUCAUGAAGUGAUUAGGAAUGCGGGGCUCCGGCGGUUGGACAUGGCGAUGGUGAAAACCUACACCAGGGGCAUCCUCAAGUUCUUGCGCCACAUCAAUUCCAGGAAAAUCGUCCACGCGGACAUCAAGCCUGAAAAUGUUCUCGUCAAAGACACCGUGACUGGCACCGUGAGGAUCACGGACUUUGGCACGAGCUUUUUCGUGGAAAGUCAACCUAUGAAUGUUGGUGGGACCCUAGAAUACUUGGCUCCGGAGCUGUUGCUGGGCUAUAGCUUGACAUGUGGAGUGGAUAUGUGGGCGCUGGGCUGCACGGUGGCGGAGUUGGCGACGGGCAGGGAAUUAUUCCGGUCCAACAGCCACGAAGAUCACCUCCCGCGCUGCAUAGAGAUUCUGGGGAUGCCUCCAAGGUACAUGGUGAAUGGAGCACCCGACAGAACGCAGUUCUUUGACCAUCGGGGGAAGAUGUUCUGCCCAGGCAAGAAAAGGGUUCCGAGGAGCUUCCCACUUCACAGGGUGCUCAAAAGCGAUGACCCGGAGUUUGUCGAAUUCAUCAGCUCCUGUUUGCGAUGGGAUCCGAAUUGUCGUAUGACGCCAGUGCAGGCCCGUCACAUGGGCCAACCCCAGAUGACGGACCAUCCGAUGGCAGCUGUCCCUUUCGAGCGGCGCGGGGAUCUGCAGCUGUGCCCGAACAGGUGGGUCAUGUUCGCGGCCAUACAUGAGAAAGAAGGGUGA